GUGCGUCCACCGCACCUAAAGAAGUUAUUAUCAGUAGUCCGUUUCUUGUUGCCUGUUCGAAGACUGCUAUGUUAGCCUGAACACGCACGUGGAGACAAUAGAUAAGAUAAUUGAAAGGAGACAAUCGGCUCAAGACACACGUAUGUGCGCAUACGUACGUACUUCUAGAAGAUAAACAAGACUGUGCUGCAGCCGCAAGAAACACCAACACUCCACUCGACGCCUCAGCCGACCCGAUGCUAUAUCGCAAGAGGAGCUGAAGAUCCCUCGACCGUCGGUAAACGCCCGUUCACGAAAGCUGCUGACCUAGCACUGUUUAGUCUCAUAGUGCGUGCCCUGUCAUUCAACCACAGUUGAACGUGAGCUACAGCACCGACGAGUGCAGAAAAGAUGGAUCCCCAAACUCUUGCGAUAGCCACCAUGAUCAUAUUUUCCGAGAUGGGAGACAAAACCUUCUUCAUUACGGCGCUGAUGGCCAUGAAACACUCCAAGACAUCCGCCAUUGCAGGAGCGCUGUCGGCCAAUGCGCUGAUGUCCGUCUGUUCAGCAAUGAUUGGUUCAGUCGCCUCCAUCUUGCAAAAGGACUACACGCAUUACCUGUCCGUGAUUCUUCUCGUUAUUUUCGGCUCCAGAAUGAUUGCUGAAGGUUAUGCAAUGGAGAAAAGCCAAACUAAGGUUAUUAUCCGGGCAGCUGAAAACGAGACGUCUGGAGCAAACAAAAGCUGGCGGAUGCUUUUGGGCAAGUCCGCCCUCGUGCAGACGUUCCUCCUGAUAUUUCUGGGAGAAUGGGGCGACAGGUCGCAGAUCUCUACGAUCGCACUUGCAGCCAAUGAGAUGGUCGCAAAAGUUGUCGCGGGUGCCAUCUUGGGCCACGCGGUGUGCAUCUUGGUUGCUGCCUACGGUGGAUGCCUGAUAGCAAAUAGGAUGUCCUUGCGUUCAGUUACUCUUUUGGGUGGUUGCGUCUUCUUACUGCUCGCCUGCUCGAACGUUAUAAUGGGCCCCGCACUAUGACAACUGUUUUGUACCUUGUACGCGCUUCGCCGUUCUUUCCACUGUAUGUGUUAUUCAUCGCUCAUUAAAACCAUAUGAACACUGCCCA